AGCAGGAGUAUGGGCCAGAAGAAAGCCCAUCGCAGGGAAUUCCUGCUCUGCCGGCCCUUCACCCCAACUAUCCUGGUACUAAAAAUCACAGCCAGUGACCGGAAUCUCAUCCUCUCAUAAAACCGUCUACAUUCAUUCCCCCUCUCCUUCUCGUCUCGUCUCGUCAAACCCACGCUUCUCCUCCUCCUCCUCCUCAUAUAUUACUAUUAUACUCCCUCUUUCAUCAUCAUUAACCUUUUCACUAUUUACAUCUCGAUUUCUCCAAUUAUCUCUCCAUUUCUCAUUAUUCUUUCUAUGGAACUUUCCGUCACAGUUGACGCCGCUCCUUUCUCCUGUAGCUGUCCCUGCUGUCUGCUCUCUUGAUUCUCACUUCUUCCGUGCUCGAUUUCAAUCUCUGUAGGAAGCAUUACUUCUCACUUCUGUUGUUUAUAUUAGCUUGUUUUUAAUUGAGUUUCUGGUUAUGGAUUUGACUCAACCGCCGGCAAACAAAGGUCUUUCGCUAGGGUUUCUGUCCCACGCAUCUGAUACGCCUCCGUUGGUGAAAAGCAACCGGAUCCCUAGCCCUAAAAUCGCCGACGAUUCGAUUUCUUUUCAGAUCGAGUCGCGCAGUAGGGACCCUUCGCAUCCGCUGCCGCCUGUUCCACUUCAAUUGAUGGACCAGCAGAAGGAGAAUCACCAUAAUUAUUUUCGUGGGGGCAACGAUUUGAAUGAAACUAGGGAUGUUGAGGAGGAAGAGGAUGAGGAGAAGUUGGAGGAGUUUCGCAUUUUGGGGCACUCGAUGACUCUGAAGCGGAAGCGCGACUGCGACUCAGGGUGGUCAUCGGCGUCGCCACCUUCCUCCUCCAAGGGGGUUAGGGUUUCGUCGAACAGCGACAUGGAAUCUCGGAGGAUCGCUGUCCGGUCGUGGGGGAAUCAGAGCUUGCGGGAUGCUGAUCCGGAUAUCUUUGAGAUAAUGGAGAAAGAGAAAGGGAGGCAGUUCAAAGGGAUUGAAUUGAUUGCCUCUGAGAAUUUUGUGUGCAAAGCUGUGAUGGAGGCGUUGGGCAGCUACCUUACUAAUAAGUACUCUGAAGGAAUGCCUGGUGCGCGGUAUUAUGGUGGGAAUCAGUACAUUGAUGAGAUUGAAACACUGUGUUGUGAGCGUGCCUUGACUGCUUUCAGCCUUGAUUCCGAGGGUUGGGGUGUAAAUGUACAGCCGUAUUCAUGUACAUCUGCAAAUUUUGCAGUGUAUACUGGGCUUUUGCUUCCGGGUGAUAGGAUAAUGGGAUUGGAUACACCUUCCGGAGGGAACACGAGUCACGGGUGCUAUUUACCCAAUGGGCGGAAAAUGUCUGGAGCCUCGAUCUUUUUUGAGAGUUUGCCUUAUAAGAUUAAUCCGCAGACAGGCUAUGUAGACUAUGAUAAGCUUGAGGAGAAGGCACUUGAUUUUCGCCCCAAGAUAUUGAUUUGUGGUGGAAGUUCGUAUCCUCGGGAGUGGGAGUAUGCAAGGUUGAGGAAGAUAGCAGAUAAAUGUGGUGCUGUGUUGUUGUGCGACAUGGCUCAAAUUAGCGGCCUUAUAGCUGCUAAGGAAUGUGCAAGCCCUUUUGAAUAUUGUGAUAUUGUAACCUCUACAACUCAUAAAAGUCUUCGAGGACCUAGGGGAGGAAUUAUUUUCUACAGAAGGGGCCCAAAACUUAGAAAGCGAGGGAUGCAUUUGAAUCAAGGAGAUGGUGUUGAUAAAUAUGACUUUGAGGAGAAGAUAAACUUUGCUGUUUUCCCUGCAAUGCAAGGUGGGCCGCACAAUAAUCACAUUGCAGCGCUUGCCAUAGCUUUGAAACAAGUGGCUACUCCCGAGUACAAGACGUACAUGCAACAAGUGAAGAAAAAUGCUCAUGCUUUAGCAUCAGCUUUGAAGAAAAGGCACUGUAAACUUGUAACUGGGGGCACUGAUAAUCAUAUGCUGAUAUGGGAUCUAAGGAAUUUUGGAGUUACAGGCUAUAUUCUUGAGAAGAUCUGCGAGUUGUGUCACAUUACGCUCAAUAAAGUCACAAUCUUUGAUGACAAUGGCAAUAUCACCCCAGGAGGUGUAAGGAUUGGUACUCCUGCAAUGACAUCAAGAGGUUGUGUUGAGUCUGAUUUUGAUGUUAUGGCCGACUUUCUCCUCCAAGCUGUACAUAUUGCUAGUUCAGUGCAGAGAGAUCACGGAAAACUGCCAAAAUCUUUCCUGAAGGGGCUCGAGAACAACAAAGAAAUUGUUGAGCUCCGAGCACGAGCAGAAAGUUUUGCUUCUCAAUUUGCUAUGCCUGGAUUUGAUUGAUGAUUUGGUCUCCAGGGAUGGGUUAUGGUCAGAUGAAUCCAUUUGUCUGUCCAAGUCUCGUGACUUGUACAAUACAUGGUAACGUUUCGUUGACACUCAAUUUUUUCUUAUGGCCAUUUUGUGUGCUUGGCAUACGCUGACUGAAUUACGGAUGUGCCAUGAUGCUAGUCAUUGUGCCUGUGGAAUGCUGACAUGUUGGAAUGCCAACGCGUUCCCCCUAGGUAGUAAGACACGUUUGAGGUCAUUUUUGAAUCGUUGCCUGGGGGCUGGAGGGACGACCUUAUUAUCCGCUAUUAUUUAGUCCUGGUGACUCAGGGUUCAUAUUUUGUGUAAAGUUGUCAUUUAGUUUUUAUACUUGCUAUUAGGGUUGUAAAUGAAUCGAAUAAUUUUGCUCGAUUCGAGAUUCGAUUCGAAAUUGCCUGAUUCGUAUUCGAAAUUAUUCGAUUCGUAUUCGAUAACAAA